UACUGCUUCCACAUCUGAUACAGCGAACACUGGAAUGAGCAGGGCUGAGUGUUGUGGGGCCCCUCCGAAAGCUCCGGGCAGCCAUGGAGUCCUGGCUGACAGACGCUGACCUGGGCUUCGCUGCCAAGAAGUUGCCGUCUUAACGGAGAGCAAGUCCGCAGAAUGCUGAGUCCUAUUGUUUCCUACAGCCUGUUGAAGAUGCACUGGACGCCGGAGCAUGCCCAGCCCCUCAGCCAAUGGCCCGAGCAGCACCUUGAUGUUUCCUCCACUACCUCCUCCCCGGCACACAAGUCUGACCUCUACCCCAACGGGCGCCGCAGCUACAGCUACGCCUGGGCUAAUGAUGACAUCUCUGCACUCACAGCUUCUAAUCUCCUAAAACGCUAUGCGGAGAAGUACUCGAAUGUUCUGGACUCACCCUAUGACCGCCCCGCGGUGGGAGCUUAUCCUGAACCUGGAGCCUUCGGAGGCCUGAGCGGGCCAAAAAGUGAACUGGAGCCCUGGCCCCUGACACACGGCACUGAGAGCUACCCUGGACCAGAGAGCUUGACGGGGGCCAAGGUCACAGCCUCAUCAGCUGGAUUAAAUGGAGCAGGCAAUGGGUCAAUGGUGAACAGCAGCAUCUCUGACCCAAGCUACAGUGGGGGAAGCUCCUGUGGGGGUCCCCCUGCCUACAAUGGAACCUACCUUUCCUCUGGCUAUUGCCCCCAGCCUGGCUCAGCACUUCCUUCAGCGCCUUUGCAUGCACUACAGCCUGCUCCCACCCUAGUGUCCAGCUACACCCCUACUGGUCCCGUGUACAACUACUCGUCUCAUCAGUCUGCCAUGGCCCCAGGAUAUCCUCAUCCCUCUGGGUCUUACCUCCCCUCAGGACUGGCUGCUCCUACUCCUUUGCCCCCACGUCCUACUGUAGUGGGUGCCAGCUAUGGCUACCAGAGUCAUAACCUGGAAAAUACAGCGCCUGGAGGGUCACUGAAAAGAAAGGCCUUUGAGAUGACAGCAGAGGAAGACGAGGCAGACAGUUCACGUUACAGAAAGUAUGGGUAUGACCACGCAAAAUCCGGUGGCACCUCCCCGUACAGUGUUGGGGAAAAGGGUGAGUGCAGAGGCAACAGCUUCAGCGCAGGCAGCACGGACCCCCAGGCCUACAAGCCUGGAAAGAUGUCUUCGCAGGCAGGCCUGGGGCCAGAUGACGUGGGAAAAUUCACUGGACUGAAGCCAAUGGUGUCACCAGCAUAUAGUGGAGCAGAAGAAUACAGCCCCCCAGCCACGAUGAAUGGUGAAAAUGGGGGAGGGGAGCACGGGCUCUCUCAACACAGCCUGCCCCUCAAAGUGCCUACACCGUGUGUAUCGUCAGGUGAUCCACUGAAGGGUGCAGACCCACGGCUGUUGGAGCUUGUUACCGGGGAGCUGCAAGACAGCAGCCCUGCGCUGCCCUGGGGAGAACUGAUUGGCCAUGCGCAUAACAAGGCUGCACUAGAGGAGGACCUACUGUGGCCCGUUCUGCGGUCCAGUGGCACCAGCCCCCCACCCCGUGCCAUCCUACUCUUUGGCCCACGUGGUGGAGGUAAGAGCACAUUAGCCCAUUGUUUAGCCUCUCAGAUGGGAGCCACCUUUUUCCACCUGAACGGGGCCAUGCUGGCCUCCAAGUGGAAAGGCGAAGCCGAGAAGAUCCUGCACACACUUUUCCUGGUGGCAGGUGCACGGCAGCCCAGUGUGGUGCUCAUCAGCGAGGUGGAGCUGCUGGCAGAGGAGGGCUUACGUCAGCAGUUCCUGUCUUACCUGGAGACAGUGCAGCUCGGUGCCACAGGGCUGAUGAUAGUAGUGUGCGCUACCAACAGACCAGACCUGUUGGAUGAGGCCGUGCACCGGCUCCUCUCAAAGCGCUAUUAUGUGCCUCUGCCAGACACAGGGACACGCAGGCAGGUGAUUCUCCAGUCACUGGCAUCCCAGGGCUGCUGCUUGAGUGAACGAGAGUUAGGUGGACUGCUGCAGCGAACCGAGGGCUUCUCCUUCUGUGAGCUUCUACAGCUUUGCCAGCAGGCCAUCUCUUCUGCCACACCUCCUCGAUCCCUGCAUGGCCUGUCCACACCUCUCACACCACCCACCUUCAAGGACUUUGAGAACGCCUUCCAUAAAGUGCGGCCCCACGCCACCUCCAAAGAACUGGACACUUGCAUGGAGUGGAGCAAGAUGUCCAGCCGCUGA